UUCAGUUGUUUGGAAAUUGCUCCCAAGGAUGAACCAGACUUGUGGAGGUCUACAAUUAUUUUUCUUGGCUGAUUUCUUUUGAUGUUCCCAUGAUGGCAAGCAAAGAGGCACUGAGUUUGAAGGUAGGCCUUGAAAUACAUCCACAGGUCCACCUCCAAUUGACACAAAUGAUGUCCAUUAGCCUAUCAGAAGCUUCUAAUGCCAUGACAUCAUUUUCUGGACUUUUCCAAGCUGUUUAAAGGCACAGUCAUUUUAGUGUAUGUGAACUUCUGACCCACUGGAAUUGUGAUACAGUCAAUUAUAAGUGAAACAAUCUGUCUGUAAACAAUUGUUGGAAAAAUUAGUUGUGUCAUGCACAAAGUAGAUGUCCUAACUGACUUGCCAAAACUACAGUUCAUUAACAAAAACGUUUGUGGAGUGGUUGAAAAACAAGUUUUAAUGACUCCAACCGAAGUGUAUGUAAACCUCCGACUUCAACUUUAGCAACUGCAGAUUGCCCCUUUAAGGUAGAGAACGGGGAAGGGGCAGAAGACAGCACAGGACUUCCUUUUAGAAGUCAUAAAAUAUGAAACAGUCUGAUUCAUCGUGGUAGGCUUUGCUAAGAAGAGUUCUGAUGUAAUAGCAUAUUUAAUUCGGGGCAUUUCUGUCCUCCGUCCAACAGUGAGUUGUAUUUGAACACAGUGACCAACAGAGGGCACUGUUAUCCUGUUGAAACAGCAGCCACAGCGGUAAAAUGACAACUUUCCUUUGGCAGGCCAAGCACAUUGAACACACACGACUUGUCCUAAACCACCCUCAGAGUGGCAGGUUAUCAUUGCGUUAUGUGCCAUUGAUGUUGACGACAUCCGCUGACCUCCCACUGUCUAGCCGACUAUCUAAUCAAGAUCUAGAGACAACGUCAUCAUCUAUAUUAUGGUCAAUUCUAUGUAAAGCGUUUCAGCGGCAACAGGGGGUCCAAUAGGAGAAAUCAGAAAUAAUCAUGGAAAAGCGGUUGAUCGAGAUAGUCAAUGUUCAAUGAAAAGUCACAUUUAACCUCUGCCUGCAAAUGUUUGACUCUUUCUCUCGUCUCCGGGUGGAUCAGAAGUGGAGAGGUGGAUUCUUCUGGAAUGUGGGAUAAGACAGGGUCCCAUGACAUGGACCCAUCUUUGAAUGGGUUGAUGCUGGUCCUGCUGCAGCUGAUGAUCUGAACUUGUCUGUCAGCCACCUAGCUCCCCCUCCUCCAAACACAACCACUGCCCAUGUCCUGAUCCCAGUGGUCCAGCUUGUCUGUGGUGUCUGGUUGGCUGGCUGUGGCAUCACACUCUCAUUGGCCCUGGGACUCCACUUCUACGUGACCACACCCCUUCCUUCACAUCCAAUCCCAACAUGGAACCACCCAAGGUGCAGCAGCCAGGCGAAGGAGGCCUCAACGUCACCCUCACCAUCAGGCUUCUGAUGCACGGCAAGGAGGUUGGAAGCAUCAUUGGAAAGAAAGGAGAGACAGUGAAGAAGAUGCGUGAAGAGGUAAGUGCAAGCGGUGCACGCAUCAACAUCUCUGAGGGAAACUGCCCAGAGCGGAUAGUUACCAUCACCGGACCCACAGAUGCCAUCUUCAAGGCCUUCGCCAUGAUCGCAUACAAGUUUGAAGAGGAUAUAAUCAACUCUAUGAGCAACAGUCCAGCCACCAGCAAGCCUCCUGUCACCCUGCGUCUGGUUGUCCCAGCCAGCCAAUGUGGCUCCCUCAUAGGGAAAGGAGGCUCCAAAAUCAAAGAAAUGAGAGAGUCCACAGGUGCUCAGGUACAGGUCGCAGGGGACAUGCUGCCCAACUCCACUGAACGAGCAGUCACCAUCUCAGGAGCCCCGGAAGCCAUUAUCCAGUGUGUCAAGCAGAUCUGUGUUGUCAUGCUAGAGGUAGAGUAUGGAGGGAUGAAGAAGGAGGGUCAGUCCUCCCGGGAAUACACAGGAAAAUACAUUCACACAGACCUUAGGAAUCAGCUAGAAUGUACAACGUGGAUGUACAAUUGUUUUUACCGUCUCAAACAUCUAAGGAAGGAAUUAGGAUCUUGGUUGGUAUAGACCAUGGGACUAAAUUAUUAUAACAAUGUUUUAGAUGAUGGCUUCCCAGGUUGCAAUGAUAUAGCGGACCUAUGAGGUAAAAUCAUGUGAUUCCAGUUGUCAGUGUGCUCUUAGACACAACACCUAUUUCAUGUCACUGCAUGCAUCCACAGUAAGGAACAAUAGUGUGAUGUAGUGAGUGUCACAGACUGUCUUCUCCCAAGGCACUGUCCCUCAGUCUAUAAAACCUCUUCCUGUCUUCUCCUCUUUUUCUCUCUCUGUCUAUCUCUGUCUCUCUCUCUCUGUCACUCUCUGUCUCUCUGUCUCCGUCUCUCUGUCUCUCUCUCUCUCUGUCUCUCUCUGUCUCUCUCUCUGUCUCUCUCUCUCUCUGU